UACUUCGACUUCGACCCUCUCCACGCACUCCUCAAAAUCCUCUCCCCCUCGUCCAACUCCGCUGAGACCUGCUCACGAGUACUAUACGCGCUUUCUGGGCUACUGAAACCGAAUGCUGCUGCUGUCAAAAAGAUGAGUGUGGUAGAUGGAUGGAGCGCAUUGAGGAUGUGCUUGGAAGACUCAGAGAUCCGUGUUCGCAGAAAAACAACAUUCCUGCUAAACACACUCCUCCUCCCAAGUCAACCUCCAAUCAAACAUCGGCCUUCCCACAUCAGAAAAUGUGCCACCCCCAAUCCACGCAAAUUCGCAUGCUUCGAUGCUCUCUGA